CAAAGAUGAACGAAAACAGGUACCACCUUUUAUUUCUAAAUGUCAUCUUUUUGGUCCUUUCCUUUCCCAUUUUAUAGACUUACAGAGUAAAAUGCCCAAUUUCCAGGGCAGCCACCAGGUAACUUUGGAAUGAUGAGUAGUCAUCCAGGAUAUGUUCAACCUGGAAUGACAGGAUUUCCCAUGAUGCAACAACAGAGAAUGAUGGGACCACAAACCCCCAUGAUGCAGCAACAAAUGUUGAUGUCUAACAGGGGUCCAAUGAUUCAGGGAAAUAUGUUUCCAAUGCAGAUGGGAAUGAGACCAGGGGUAGGUCCACCAUCAUACAAUCAAGCCUUGACAGACAGUUACAGACAAAGGGGGCCAACCCCAUCCAGAGGGCCAACUCCUGCAAGAAAUAGGGCACCUUUAUCCCCAGAGAGUCAAAGACGAGCCCUAGAACAGGAGAAAAGAGCAAGGCAGUUCCAGGAACAGCAACAGAGGCUGAAGAACUUUAGAGGAGGAAGUAAGGUGGAUGCUGAUUCAUUGAUAGAGUCCAUGUUUGGUAAAUCAGAGAAACCUACACCAAAAAACAGUCCUGCCCCUCCUACAGCUAAAGAAGCAACAAAUGCACAGCAAACAGAUGAUGGAUUUGGUGAUUUUCUUGGUGGCCCCUCAACUCCUGCUGGACAGGAAGGUUCCAAUGAUAACCAGAAUGUAAAUAACUUAGAGGCCACUCCCACCACUAAUGAGCAAUUAUCAGCACCACCUACUGAGAACAUUCCCCCAAAAGAAGAAAAGAAAGAUCUCAUGGCUAUGAUGUUUGAGUGUUCUGAUCUCUCAGCUCCUAAUAAAGCAAAGACAUUCCACAAGCCAUCCCUGAAGGAGUUACCUCCCACUCACCACCACCACCAUACAUUCCAGCAGAGUCGCCACGCCCACCAGUGGAAACAGGAAGAGGAUCUUACGGGGCUUUUUAUAGUCCAAGAACCAGCUACAGUAUCAGCUCCACCUACUUCUCCACCCCCGACUGCCCAGGCCCCACCCACACCUGUCAAAUUCGAGGUUCCAGCCUGGUGUCAUGAAGAUGACAAGGUUCCACAUUUAUAUAGACAAGUCCUGGAGGCAGCAACUGUUGAUGGUAAGAUAUCCACAGACAGACUGUACCCCAUUCUGGUUUUGAGUGGUCUACCUAAGGAGACCUUAGGGCAGAUCUGGUCGCUGGCCAACCAGAGUACUCCAGGACAGCUAAUAAAACCAGAACUGUACCUCAUACUGGCUCUUAUUGCUUUUGCUCAGAAUAACAUAACAUCACUAUCACCUGAGAUGUUGAGGAAGUGUCCCCAGCCUCCUGUUCCUUUUCUGGGCCAACAAGCUACUCCUCCCCCUCAGCCUGCCAGCACCUCAGAGCUCCCACCCCAGAACAAUGCAGCAGUUGUGAAUUCAGGAAUAUCUGGCACCCUGCCAAUGAUUCAGGGAUCUCAGACACCUCUCACAGCAGGGAAUUCUGGGACAAUUGGAACUUUGCCAACAGUGACAGGUAUCCAGACAUCCAUGGUAACUGGGAGUCCAUCUUCACCUGGAAGUCAGCCAGUGUCUAGUCAAGGAGUUCCUGGGGUAGGAAUGCCAGGAUUUUCUGGUUUAGAGGGAAGUCGGGCUGGUAAAACAGAGGAUGAUGAUUUUGCAGAUUUUCAGGAAGCACCAGCCUUUACUUCUACAGCCAUAGCAACUUCACCAAAGAAAUCAAAUAAACUUAAAAAAGAACCUGAAUAUUUGUACAGCGUUCCUAAGCCAGAAGACCUGCAAAUUCAGAUGUCACCAGACAUGAAUCACUCUAACAUUUCAAACUUUUUUGGCAGUGAUGAUUCCUCAGAGGAAGACUUGUUGAGUAAUGGUAGACCUUGGAGGUCCUACAGUGUUUCAGCUUCUCCACAACGAAAAAUUGUUACUGGCAAGAAAGGUGCUUCAACCCCAAAUAGCAUGGAUGAAGACUUUGAUGAUUUCAAAUCGGCAGACAGCAAACCCAGUGACAGCAGUCAGUUUACUUCAUCUGAGCAGUCAGAAAAUGAGGAUUUCAAGGUGCUGGAGUCCUAUUUGGAUGACUUCAACAGAAAAAAAUCAGAGCAGGAGAAACAACAAGACAGCCCCCUUCACCGACCCCUCCCAAAGUUUACAAGCCCCCAGUCCUCUCAGCUACCCAGCAAUGCAACACUCUCUGCCAUACCAGCAGCUAGAAAUCUCUGGUCUAAACCGCCUACAGUUAAGAAAGAGGCUGCUAAGCCUCAGUCGGAUUUGCCGAGGGCCCACUUUGGAUUAUCACCUCCAGAAUCAUCGGAUUCAGAUUUUGCGGAUUUUCAAGGUGCACCAAGUGAAAAGCCACCUGCCCCUUCACAGCCACAAGGUGCUGACCUUUUGAAGGCCUCACAGAGUGACACUUGUUUAAUUGGAGAUGAGGACAAAUAUGCUGCUCUGAGGGCUUUUGAGGUCAGCGAGGACACCUCUGUUACAGUAGCACCUUCAAUAUUUGAUAGUAAAGCCACUGCAGAAAGCGAAGAGGAUUCCUGGGCAGAUUUUCAGGCAGUGUCCACAGAUGCUAAAGUUGAUGAAAUAAAGCAGAUUAAUGAUCAAUCUGAUGUGCUGCAAACUAACUUUACAAGUAACACACAAAAUGAUUGGUCAUCAUUUUCAAGUUCAGCCAAUGUCACAUCCAAGGAUGAUUCUGAUUGGUCAGCUUUUGGAAAUGGAACUGAGGCAACAAAUAUUCCAAAAGAUGAUUGGUCUAGUUUUUCACAAGGAGAGGUAGGAAAUGAUCAACAGAAAGAUGACUGGUCAAAUUUUUCUCAAGGAGAAGUAACUAAAGAUGAAGCAAAAGAUGAAUGGGCUUCAUUUCACUCUUCAACAGGAAGUAAUGAUACAAUAAAAAAUACAAAUCAGGCACCUCAGCUUGUAGAGGUGAAAAAGCAACAUUUACAGACUAAAGACAUACUGGGGUUAUUCAAAGUGAAGGAAAAUCCAGUCAGUGUUGUAUCAAGGGAUGAUUUUGUGGAACCUGAAAGAGAAAAAAUACCCCCAGCUCCAACAAACAUUCCUUUGCAAAAAUCUAAAAAGUUGUCUUCAGACUCGGAUAUGGAUGAUGAUCAUUUCAGGGCUCCUCCACCCAUGGAUUAUGUGGAUGAAGAGGAUGACACGUUCGGUGACUUUAGCCGAGGUUAUGACUUGGAUGAGGUUGUGAAUAAACCUGCUGCUCAGGAUGAAAAGAAAAAGAAUCUGUACAACUUUUAUGGAAUGGAUGCUCCAUCCAGUAAAUCCAUAUCACAAGGCUUAGCCAACAAAGCACAGACAUCUGUGUUGGAUCCCACAGAGACAGAUUCUUCAAGUGUGUCUGGAAAUGUUUCUGGAUUUCCUAGUAAUCCAGCUAUUUCUGAGGAUUCCAUGUCUACUUCUAGUCUUGAACUCCCUGGAUUGAAAGGCCGGGUUCCUGUUGUCAAAGAUAUGGACUCUCAGUCUAUAUCCAGCAAUGAGUUUGGUAAUUUCGAGACUCAUCAGAAAAAGACUUUCAAUCCAGAAUCAAAGUCUUUGGACAGUCUGGAUUUGAAGAAAGAAGAGGUGGAGUCUGUUGAAAAUUUGGAAAUGCCUGAAAAUGAAGUCAAAGAUGAAAAUGUACCUGAACAAAAGGAGCAUUUUUCACAAUUUUCAGAACCAGUUUUGCCAUUUGUCAGUAAAGUUGCUGAGCCACUUCCUGUUCUGGGAGACAGAUACAGCUGUUUGAUGGAGGAUAUUCCAGGAAGUGACAAACAUGUACAUGAAUGGCAGAAAUGUCUGGAGAGUUGUUACAAAGUGGUCAAAGAUGCCAACACAGUGUUCAACUCAAUCAGUAGCUCAGCUGUGUGUAACGAGGUCAUCACUUCAGAGCAGGGCUCAGAGUUUGUCAAAGGUGUUGUUGAAAUCUACAGAGUUGUAUGCAGAAUUAAUGUGUCUAUAGAGUCUACAGGGCUAACAAAUGAAAAAUUAAAACAACUCUUGAAAGACAUAGAUCUGGCUUGGAAUAAUUUGGCAGCCUUUCUUGUUGGAGGAAAUAUGAUGCCAGAUGAUAAAGAUUUAGAUUGCAAAAAUGGCAUCUUGAAAUCUGACGAUCAGGUAGCCCAGUUCCAAGCCUGUGGUGUGUGUUUAUUAGACGUAGACGCCACAUGUAAAGACUUCGGCAGUGAGGAGCAGUGUGCCAAACUUACAUAUGGUGGGCGACAGUAUCACGCGGUGUGUGCGAAUUUGUGGGUCAAUCUUGUGGACAGUAUGUUACCCGCUCUUAGGUUGCCAGAAUUGUUAUGAUUUAAAAAAGAAUUACACUCAGUGCACAG